GUGCUGUGCGUGCGCUCGCGCGUGCGCCGUGCGCGAUUUCGCGUCCUGGGAGCGGCAGUGGCGGCGGCGGGGCCGGAGAAGGGCUGAGGAGCCGAGGCGGGGGCUGAGGCCCCGGGCAGGAGCGGAUCGGGCCGGGGCCAUGGCCGAGACGCCCCCACUGCCCGAGCCCCGGCCCGUCCGCCUGCAGGCGGCAUGAGGGAAGAGGCCAAGGGAGCCGGGUCCGAGCCCGGCGACUUCGUGCAACUGAAGGUGCCAAUCGUGCAGCAGCUGUACCACUGGGACUGCGGGCUGGCCUGCUCCAGGAUGGUGCUCAGGUACCUGAAACUCCUGGAGGACGACGCGGCGUUCGAGCAGGCGCUGCAGGAGCUGCAGCUCACCCGGAGCAUCUGGACCAUCGACCUGGCCUACCUGAUGCGCCACUUCGGAGCCCGCCACCGGUUCUGCACGAGGACGCUGGGCGUGGACAAGGGCUACCGGAACCAGUCCUUCUACAGGAGACACUUCGACGCCGAGGAGAGCCGGGUGAACCAGCUGUUCGCACGGGCCUCGUCCUGCAAAGUGUUGGUGGAGAAGUGCACCGUGACUGUCCGGGACAUCCAGGAGCACUUGGCCCAGGGGCACGUGGCCAUCGUCCUGGUCAAUGCAGUCCUGCUCUUGUGUGACCUGUGCUCCAGCCCCGUCAAGUACUGCUGUUUCCUGCCCAUUGGCCAGAAGUGCUUCUGCAGGGGUCCUGACUACCAGGGCCACUUCAUCGUGCUGUGUGGCUACAACAGGGCCUCUGAGAGCAUCUUCUACAACAACCCAGCCUACGCAGACCGCAUGUGCAGCACCAGUGUGACCAACUUUGAGGAAGCCAGGACUAGUUAUGGCACCGACGAGGAUAUACUUUUUGUCUACACUGACAGCUGACCUCAGGCCUGGCCAGCGCCCAAGCUGCUACUGCUGCUACUGCUAAACCUUCAGACCCCAGGUGUGGACAGGGAGCCCCUGGGCCCCAGGCUUUGUGCCCACACCCAUGGCUGACCUCAGUGGCCAGCUAACUGCCCCAGCAAUGCUGCUGCUGCUGCCCUCCUGGGGCUGCUGGCUACGGCCAUCUGUGUGUGACAGAGCAGGCAGGGAGCCUACACAGAUAGGAGCAGUCUCUGGCCAGCAAAAGGACCCUCUUCUGCUCAGAUCCAAUUUCAUUAGGUCUCAAGCAGAGAAGCCCAUCGGCUUCAUCAUGGCCAGACAGCACUUUGCUGUUUCUGUUGUGAGAGAACAGGCCCCAUUCCCCAGCCUUCUGGUAGGGAGGGCCAUGCCCCACCAUGCCCCUUGUGCUCCACACAGUGACCAGCAGGCCCAUCCGCCCACCAUCUGUCUGCUUUUUACUUUGCCUUGUUUCCAUCAGGGAGGAGGCCCUUGGGUGCCUCCACUCCACCGUGCCUGGUCUUGGGGAUGCCUCUGGGAGAGGCUCCCCUACCCCCACCCCAGCACACACACACUGGACGUCUUGAGAUAGAGGCCAGUGACCACUAGUUUAAACCAGCACAUUGGGAGCAAAGAGGGGAGAUCUCUUCUUGGCCAGUCCCUGCUGGGUUAGGUCAGAGGCCCCCAGCCCACACAUUCUUCGCUUGCUUGAGGAGCCAGGGUUCUGCUCUGACUUGGGCUCAAGCCUAGCCUGGUGAGUUUCUGUGGGAGAGGGAGACAGAGAUGCCCUAGGGUGUGGCCGGAAGGCAGGAAGCCUUGUUCCUGCCCUCUGGCCCUGAGACUUCCUUGUUGAGAGGAGACUUGGGUUACUGAUCCAGACAGUAACACAGGACCAACUGGCCCCUCUGGGAUGGCUGGGAGCCCUGUGCCUCCAGCUUCCUCUUCAGUCCUAUACCCAGGGCCACUUAAGGUCUGGCUUUGGUGUGGCUGAUUCCAAGGACCCCUUCAGGGAUCUUCUGGUUGGUCCUUGGCUGACUAGGCUUACCAGGGUUAUGGUGGCCUUUACUGCCCGGUGUCUGGAGCUGCCUACAGAGCAGCCAGCGUGGAUGCUCAGCCCCUGACACCAGCCACCAGUGUGGCAUCUUGUCCCGGAGCUCAAGUAGGCCCAGCAGCAGGGAGCCAAGACUCAGUGGGAUCCCAGGGCAUAGCUAAGGGGGAUGUUGGGCCUCAGCCAGAGUGGGGUGGCUCCUGCCUGUGGGAAAUCGAAGUCACAGGGAACGUGGGUCUGGGUGCCAGCUGCUGCAUGAGGACCGAGGUAUCUGUAGUGGGCAGUUCUCAGCCCCAGCAGCAGCUAUGCAGAAAGGCCCAGACAUGCUGUCCUGUCCCAGCAGGGGAGUGACCAUCCUGUCAAAAGCUCAGAACGGUGGUCAGAGUGGGACAAAGGAGCAGGGGUCCUCUCCUGAGUGGUGAGCCUGCUGCUCUCAAACCCAGGCCAGUGGUUCAAAGGAUGGUUAGUGCAGGCUAGGCAGGGAAGUGGGGCUGCAGGGAUGCCUCUUGUGGGGAUGGGGCUGCAAUGAAAUGGGUCCCUUUCAGAGGAUCAGGAGCAAAACAAAACAGUUAAUCAGGAUGGGCCAAGUGAGACAGGCUCAGAGCAGUGUCCUCAUGGCCAAAUUCAAGGACGGGCAGAGGCCUUUGGAACCACCAGCCAGCAAACUCGUGUGCCUUUGUCCUGCCUCUGGGAGCUGGGUGGGGGGCACCUGUGCCAAUGUGGAAGCCCGGCUGGCUGAAUCCAAGGUGAGAAGCUUGUUCCCUAUCCAGAGGAGUCGCUGACAGCCAGCUAGGACCAUGGCUGGGUGACCCUGGAGAACUUGGGCCACACUGGAAACCUGCACUGCCCCAUGUGCCACAGGGUGGGUUUUGUUUCCUCUGACCACAGGAAAGGGACAUUUUACAUGCAGAGAAGUUUUAUACAUAAAUCUAUUUUGUUUGUAAUGAGCCAUUCAAUAAACACCACUGAAAACACCAUUAAAAAACA